GGAAACCUCGCUUAACGCUGGCCAGCUGUUGAACUUCCUUUACCGGGCAGGGUGAGGCAGAGGCAGAGGCAGAGACCUGGCGAGGACGCCGACAUGCCGAAGCUCAUACAUUUAAAGCAGUCUGGACUGGAGUUCAUUGAAUUUAUGGGAGACAGAUUGUCCAGGUACAGCAAAAAUGAGCUUCGAGACAUCUAUAACACCGAGUUUAGGACCAGAGAAGGAGCAAAACAUCCCAACUUUUCCAGUGUUAUCUAUGCUCUUCUGACGUUCGACCAAAUCCACAUAAAAAAGGGGAAAAUCUACAAAAAUGGCAAACUUAAGGUCAGGGCGUCCUCUGACCGGUCGAAGAUGCUGGGGCCUCACCAAACACAACGCCAUGGAGCUCAGGAAACGACAACAGGGUCAACUAAUCGCGCCACCACAGAUACAAAGCCCCCAAAGAAGAAGCGAGCCACAGAAAUCCUUCAAAUGAUGAAGACGAACAGGAACGGGAUGACAGCUGAUAAGGAGGGAAUUGAAAUCACCUCUAAGCCAGAAGGAAGUGAUGGAAAGGUUCAUCUUACUGUGGAUUUUGAAAAGCAGCCAUUUGUCAUCACGUUUGAAAUUUUAAACAAUGGCACAAAUUUUGUCCACUUCACCAAUUACACAGUCCUAGACAGGGUUAGCUGUUACAACUUGAAGGAUGAAAGGAAAGUGACAAAAGCCAACCCACUGCUCCUCUGUCCAGGUGAAAGUUAUCAUGUCACCGUAGCUUACAUGCUUAAUGACUGUGGAUAUUUUCCUGCCACGAUCUACUUUGAGUUUCAGCUGGAACUGCCAAAGCCAAUGACCUUCUGCAUUGUAAGGGAGAUUAAAGCAGUGGUACAGACAUCGCUAGGUGCAGAGCUGGGACCAGUAGCUCCAUAUAAACCAUUCCAGAAGGUCAAAUCCAAACCAACUGUUAGAGAAGUAGUGGAGGGAGUACCACCUCCAGGUUCUUCUGUCCAGACAGCCACAGUGAAAUUAGGAGUUUACAAUUACCCUACCUACCUGAAAGAACUGGUUUAUCAAAAAAUGGAGGAUUCCAAGUACCUUUCUCCAGCAGCCAAACAGCAGCUUGCACCAGUGAAGAAGCUCCUUGAAUCUUCUUUAGACAUGAAGAACUAUUCCCGUCGGUUUCACCUACUGCUUCACUUGGAAGAGAUACAGAUGGAAAUGGACAUCAAAAAGUACAACCUCCACAAUGAGACCAUGACCCAAGAUCAAGGCAACAGAAAACUUCUCACACUGAAAGUUCCUGGUGUAGCUGAAAAUCGGCCAUCUGUACUGAGAGGAGACUGUCUGAAGGUGACUAAAUCGGGGCAUACAGGCUCAUCAGUCACAGUGUACACUGGAUAUGUUCACAAAGUAGAACUGGACAGAGUGAAGCUGGGCUUUUCUAAAAGAUUGUUGGAGAUUUUUAUCAACAAGAUGAAAUUUGACGUGGAGUUUACAAUCAACAGGUUGACCAUGAAGCUGCAGAAUCGAGCCGUGGACCUGGCAGUAAAACACGAGCUUGGGGAGGUGCUGUUCCCCUCUGAUACAGCCGUUUCAACUGUUUCUGUCACUGAUCUAAGAAUGUUUAACCGUCAGCUACAAGACAACCCGGAGCAGUGUAAUGCGGUCCAACACAUCAUUGCUGGAUCAUCAAAGCCUGCUCCUUAUAUUGUCUUUGGGCCACCAGGAACCGGAAAGACAAUCACUCUGGUUGAAGCGAUAAAUCAGGUCAGCAAAGCAGACCCAUCCGCACACAUCCUUGCCUGUGCCCCUUCAAACAGUGCAUGUGACCUGCUUUGUGAGAGACUGAAAUCGCAGCUAUCCUCCUAUCAGCUGUACCGCAUGUACGCCAGUAGCCGAGACGCAAACAGUGUCCCCAAAGGCCUGCUGAAAUACUGCAACUGGGAUGAGAAACAAGAUUGUUUUGUGUUUCCAGAAAAGAAAAUUCUGAUGAAAUACAAAGUUAUAGUGACCACUCUGUUCACAGCGGGCAGGUUUGUGACUGGAGGUGUUCCUGUUGGUCAUUUUUCUCAUGUGUUUGUGGAUGAAGCUGGUCAAGCGGAGGAACCACAGUGCAUUAUUGCUAUUGCAGGUUUGCUCUGUCCAGAGAAGGGUCAGCUGGUGCUUGCAGGAGAUCCCAAACAGCUGGGACCAAUCAUUCGAUCUUCUUAUGCAAUAGAUCAUAAACUUGGGCUUUCUCUGUUGGAGAGGCUGAUGAAUCGUAAACCAUACGAAGAUCUUAACGUUCGUUUCGUAACAAAACUGCUGCGCAACUACAGAUCUCAUGCUGCCAUUCUGAAGAUCCCCAAUGAGGUGUUCUACAAUAAUGAAUUGCAGGUUUUUGCAGACCAGUUGGAGCGUGAAACCUACUGCAACUGGAAAGCCCUCCCCCAAGAGGGUUUUCCAAUGAUCUUCCAUGGAGUGCUGGGAAAAGAUGAGAGGGAGGCCAAUAGUCCAUCUUUCUUCAACGUGUCUGAGAUCGAGAUACUGGUAAAAUAUCUCAACAGGCUGGACCAAACUCAGGGAAAGAUGGGUCUUCCCAAGCUGUCGGCCAAAGACAUUGGGAUAAUCACCCCCUACAGGAAACAAGUUGAGAAAAUCCAAAAGGCGCUGAAAUCCCUCAAAACACUCAGACACUGGAAUGAUCUCAAAGAACUCAAGGUAGGAUCUGUAGAGGAGUUUCAGGGACAAGAGAGAAAGAUCAUCAUAAUCUCCACGGUGCGUAGCAGCCUCAGCUACGUUAAAAUGGACACAGAUUUCAACAUAGGGUUCCUCUCAAAUGAAAAGAGGUUCAACGUGGCACUGACAAGAGCCAAGUCUCUACUCAUAGUCAUAGGGAACCCUGUGAUCCUCAUAAAAGACCCUGUAUGGGGGAAGUUCAUCAACUACUGUGUGGAGAUGAAGGGCUACAGUGGGAUUGACCUCAACAGUGUUGAAGAGGAAGAUCUCUUUGAGGCAAAAAUGGCAGCCCUGAGAAUCACAGACUCUGAAUGUCUUGUUGGAGAGAUGAGCGCCUUCCAGCAGCAUGUGGACCCUGGAUGGAAGAAUGAAAUUUAGAGUUUCAACUUUGCUGCAAAUCUUUUUUUUACUCUUCUUUCUACAGCUAUUGCAUACAUUCAAGUGUGCAUAUUUUAAGGAAAUAAAUGUAAUAAAACUUUGCAAGAAAUUAAGUUUUUAUACCUUCAGUUUUUAAAGCUGCUUCUUAACUAAACGGCUACACAGAAGAUAAAAAUCGUCAUUUAUACACUGGAAUGUAUCACUUUUUCUUACUGGUGCCAUCAUUUUCAAGCAUUACUCUUGAAUCUUGUAUUUCUUUCUGAUAUAAGGGCUAAACGAAUAAACUCUGUCUUUUUAAAACACUGA